AUGGUUCGUAGUCGAAGUGCAACUAAUCUGAAUCGAAUAUUUCUUGAUUUAUGUACAAGUCCUGAUAUACGUCGAAAACAUAGUCCUCAUGGAAAUAAUAAUCAAAGACAAUAUCAUCCACCUUUACCAAUUUUAAAACCAAUUAAAUCAAAUUCAUGUUCGAAUAUAGAUGAUGUAUCACAAACAUUGAAUGAAUCAUUAUCAUUUGAUAGUGAUCGAAUGGAACAAAAUAUGACAUUACAUCCACCAAAUCUUCUAUCAACAUCUACAAUAGAACGAUUAUCUAUUGAAUGUAUACGAUCUACGGCUAUGCCAUUAGUACCAAUAGAAUCAACAGGUUUUGUUAUUCAACCAACUUCUUCACUAUCAACUGAUGAUUCAUUAAAAACAUUUGAAACAUUAACAAUAGAUCGUAUAAAAAAAUCAUCAAGCUACGAACCAAUUUCAAACGAUAAUAAAAAUACAAAAUUUUUAUCUAUACCAAUAAAUUCCCCAAGAACAUCACUAGAUUUUUCAACUCUAUCCGAAGAAGAAACUUUAAUUCAAACGAACAAAUAUGAACAUAGUCCUCAGCAAUCACCAUUGGAAGACAUAUCAAUAUUAUCAUACAAUACAUCUCUACUACCAAAAGAUUACCCGAAUGGAAGUAAUGCGUUGAACAAUACAUUAAACUCUCAUCGAAUAACGGCUGAUAUAUUUCCAACUCCAUCUGAUAAUAUUAGUCAAGCAAUUAAAUCUCAUAAAACACGAUCAAUUCUAAGUUCAAUUCGAAAUUUUUCAUUUCCACGACGAAAAAAGUAUUCUAUAAAAGGUAAACAAAAUGACAACGGUGUGAUGUCUUCACCUAAUAGUGUUACACAAACUAACAAUAUAUCACAUAGUGCAUCAGCAGAACCAUUUCUAUAUUCAAAUACAACAGGUCCAAUAGCAUAUCAUCAACAUCAUUCAGUAGGACAAUCAUUUAAAAAUAUAUUUCGAUCAAAGUCAAAAAAGAAACCAAUACAUACAGAUAAUUUUAUUAUUGAUCAUCCUGAUUUAUUAUCACCAUCACCAGUGUCACGAAAGAAACACUCACUUUUUCAACGAUUUACAUCAAAACGAAAAAAACAACAAAUCAAUUCAUCAGCUAAUUCUUUAACUAGUUAUGAUUGUACAAGAACAGAAUCAGUGCAAAAUACACCUAUUCGAGCAAAUGGUGGUCGUCCGGUGACAAAACCACUUGUACAAUGA